AUAUCUUGAAUUUUGUGAUAACAAGAUACAAUGAUUUAUAAUACCGAUCGAUAUCUGCUCGUGUCUAGGUUCCGAAACCACAUCAACAAGUUUCAUGAUGGCGGAAGAGUCGCCGACUUCUUUCUUUUGACGAUUUUGACUGAACCAAAACCGUUUUCAGUCAUAUAAUACGAAUAUGAGCAAGAGAAAAGCACCUGAUCAAAACCCCAAUUCGGAAUUUUGUGACUUUCUGACAGAAUUGGCGGAUUAUGAAAAGAAUGUGACACGACAGAUUCACAAGUACAAUGCAUACAGAAAAGCAGCAGCUGUUUUAGCAAAACAUUCAACGAAAAUAAAAGAUGGUGCAGAAGCAAGAAAACUGCCUGGUAUUGGGGACAAGAUUGGAAAGAAAAUUGAUGAGUUUAUAAAAACUGGGAAGCUAGAGAAACUCGAAAAGAUACGGAAAGAUGAAGGUACCUCUAUCACAAAAGAGCUGACAAGAGUGUCAGGCAUAGGUCCAGCAGCUGCGAAAAAGCUGAUAGAAGAUGGUGUUUCAAGUUUAGAAGAUCUGAAGAGAGUGAGGGGCAGACUGAAUCACCACCAGCAAAUUGGUCUCAAAUAUGUAGAUGAGUUUGAAACUCGGAUACCAAGAGAAGAGAUGAUUAAGCUACGGGACAUUGUUCUGGUACAUGUGAAGAAGCAAGACAAGAACCUAACUGCUACUGUUUGUGGUAGUUUUAGACGAGGUGCUACAUCAAGUGGGGAUAUUGAUAUUCUUCUCUCUCAUCCGGAUUACACAUCAAGUAGUCAAAACUAUGACAAAAAAUCUCUGCUACAUGGGCUGGUCCAUUGCCUAGAGAAGGCAGACUUCGUCACUGACACGUUAUCUCUUGGAGAAACCAAGUUUAUGGGCGUUUGUAUUUUACCCGAAGAACGAGACGUCAGGCGACUUCACCGUAGAAUUGAUAUCAGAUUGAUUCCACACGACCAGUACUACUGCGGUAUUCUGUACUUCACCGGAAGUGACGUAUUUAACAAGCAAAUGCGACACGAGGCCCUUGAGAAAGGGUUUACCCUUAACGAGUACUCGAUCAGACCACUUGGAAGUACCGGCGUUCCGGGUGAACCACUUCCAGUUUCAAGCGAGCAAGAUGUGUUUGAUAUUAUCGGAAUGGAAUACAAACCCCCUGAACAACGAAAUAUGUAAUUUGUUAAGAAACAUACGCUUUUUGUUACAUUGUUAGAUAAUAAACUAAAACAAACAGAAA